ACAAUAUAAUUGAUUCACGGCCAUAAUCAAAUUGAUCAAAAUCAUGACAGGCCGUGGACGAUCUCGUGGAAUGACAGACCCGUAUACACAUGAAAGACAGCAUCCUAAUCGUGACCAUCGGCAAGCACCUGUGACUGUCGUUCCCAUUCCGUCGUCUUCGCGAGAUUAUGAGGAUUCAACGGGCAGAGGUAGAUCUCGUACGGAACCACAACCAACACAACAACCACCACCGUACGAUUUAUUGUUCACCGAAGGCUUUGCGGAACAUAUUUUCGCCCAGCGGCAGUAUCCAGAACGGCUGGCACAACCGAUUGCUAGUGGAAACUUUGGUGCUGUGAAAGCGGAAUGUGCCGUGAAGGCUGAAAGGGCCGCGAAGAUCAAAAGUUUCGUGAAAGUUGAAGAUUCGGUAAAGUUGGCAGAUGCCGGUAAUGAGAAACGUCCAUCACCGACGGAACUGACAAACAUUAUCAGAACAAAGCCGCAAAAUGUUCAGUCGAAAAAGGGAACAUGGGGCCAGCCAGUCACCUUACUAACGAACCAUUUUCGCCUGUUGAAACCACCUAACUGGCAACUGUAUCAAUACCAUGUGAAUUUUAGCCCUCCGAUUGAGUUGCGCGGACUUCGAAAUCGGUUGAUUUUCGAACAGAAAUCGUUGCUCGGAGGAUAUUUGUUUGAUGGAACUUCGUUGUUCCUGUCGGUUAAACUGCCGCAUCAGGUCACACAAUUUACUUCCAGCGAUCGCGAUGGGAAAUCGAUCCGAACUACAGUGGAAUUUACCCGUCCAAUUGACAUGACUACAACGGUUUCCGCGCAAAUAUUAAAUUUGAUUUUGCGACGUAGCAUGGCAGUAUUGCAUCUCCAAUUGAUUGGCCGGAAUUUCUUUGACGCAAUGGCCAAAAUCGAUAUACCGCAACACCACCUUCAACUUUGGCCGGGCUAUGUCACUACGAUUCGUCAGUACGAAACGGAUAUCAUGUUAUGCGCCGAAGUGACUAACAAGGUGAUGCGAACCGACACCGUGCACGAUAUUUUGCUGAAUUGCGUGCAGAACGAGCGAAUGAACUACAAGAGUGCCUUCAAAAUGGCAGUCGUCGGUAUGACAGUGCUGACGGUUUACAAUAACAGGACUUACUACAUCGACGACGUCGAUUUCAAUUCGUGGCCGACAGACACAUUUCCAACGCAGCGCGGUGAUGUUACGUUCAUGGAGUACUACCGCAACAAAUACCGUCUGACGAUUCGGAAUACGCGUCAGCCGUUACUGGUUGCGAAAUUGGACGAGCGUUAUCGUGGAAGCGGUCGGUUCGAGAACAUUUUAUUGGUUCCGGAGCUGUGCCGUGUAACGGGAUUGACCGACGACAUGCGAAAUGACCAUCGACUGAUGUCUGCCGUAGCGAUCCACACAAAACUAGCGCCAAAUGUUCGCAUUGAGAGACUGAAUGCGUUCAAUCGACGGCUUCGAAGCGCCGACGAAUUCGAGCACAAUUUUACGGAUUGGAAUUUAGUCCUGGACAAGAACAUGGUUCGGGUGGUCGGUCGACAGUUGGCGACUGAAAAAAUUCUCUUUGCCGACCAAAAAAUAACGCUAUCCAACCACGAAGCCAAUUGGUCACGGGAAUUUCGAGACAUUUCCAUGUUCACCUCUCAGCAUUUAAGAAAUUGGCUGGUAAUUGUACCACAGUGUAAACGUCGCGAGGCCGAAGACUUCAUUUCAGUGUUACAAAGAGCCGGCAACGGAAUGCGAUACGAGGUCAGACGACCAACAAUCAUCGCUAUUCCCGACGAUCGUGGCCAAACUUAUUCCACAGCUUUAGAUCAAGCGUUCUGCGGCGAUCCUCAGCUGAUCAUGUGCAUUGUAUUGAACACCAAUGCGGACAAGUAUGGCUUAAUCAAAAAGAAAUGCUGUCUGGAACGGGCCAUUCCGUCGCAAGUUAUCGUCGUCAAGCGGAUAACUCCCCAACCGGGUAGAGAUCGUGGCUCCCAGCUGUCGGUUGCGACGAAAGUCAUUGUCCAAAUUAACAGCAAGUUGGGCGGCGCUCCAUGGAUGAUCGAAAUUCCAAUAUCCGGUUUGAUGGUCGUCGGUUUCAAUGUGUGUCGCGACACCAUAGACAACCGAACAUCGUAUGGUGCACUCGUUGCAUCGAUGGAUAUGAAGUGUUCUCAAACUUAUUUCUCGGCCAUCGCGCCGCACACAACUGUCGAAGAAAUGUACAAACAACUGGCUCUGAAUAUGGGAAGAGCUCUCAUCUGCUUCACGGAACGCCAUAACUCUCUACCGGAUCGGAUUGUUUUCUAUCGUGAAGGUGUUGGAGAGCGCCGGACCAAUUCUGUGUUGGAACACGAAGUGAACGUCAUUCGCGAUAAACUGGAAAAGUUUUACGGGGACGACGCAAAGCGGUUGAAGUUUACUUUUAUCAUCGUUUCGAAACGUACCACCGCCAGAUUCUUUAAGGGUGGCGUCAAUCCGACACCGGGGACAGUUGUCGACGAUGUUGUAACACUGCCGGAGAGGUACGACUUCUUUUUGAAUUCGCAAUUUGUACGAAAUGGUACCGUGACGCCGACAAACUAUAACGUUAUACAUGACACCUCUGGCUGGCCGCCGGAUCGUCUGCAAGUUCUGUCGUACAAGAUGACGCAUUUGUACUACAAUUGGUCGGGUACGUUAGCCGUUCCAGCCGUUUGCCAGUACGCACACAAACUGGCAUACCUUGUGUGUAAUUUCAUUCACCAACCGCCGUCGAAUCUGCUAGAGAAGCAAUUGUAUUUCUUAUAAACUUAAAAUUGA